GCCCCUUCUGUUGCCACCCUGCCCCUGCUGCCGGCUCUGGGCAGCCCCAGACAGCGUUCCCUGAGGUAGUGUAUCCGGACUUCCAUCUUUGGAGUCUGAGGAAGGUGCGGCUUCCUCUGAGGUGCCCUGUGAGAUAUUAAGUCCAGUUGGCUCCAUCACUCAUCUCCUGCUCACACUCCUGCUUGCUUCUUCAGCGCAGAUCAUGAUGCCUCUCAGCCAGAAGAGUCAGCCCGGCAAGAAUGAGCAAGGCCUUCAGGCCCAAAAAGAGGCACAAGGCCUGGUGGGUGCACAAGUUCCUGCAGCUGAGAAGGUGAGCUCCACAGCCUCCUCCUCCUCUGCUCUGAUCCCAAGCACCCUGGAAGCAGUGUCUGCUGUUGGAACACCAGAUGCUCCCAAGAGUCCUCAGAAAACCUGCUCCUCCUCCACUACUAUGAAAGCCACUCCAUGGAGCCAACCUGAAGAGGGUUCCAGCAGCCAGGAAAAGAAUGAUCCAAGCACCUCACAGUUCCUGCCAUAUCCUGAGUGCUUGUUUAGUAACAUGCUAGAGAAGAAGGUGGCUGAGUUGGUGAAGUUUCUGAGUGUCAAGUAUACAACAAAGGAGCCUGUAACAGAGGCAGAAAUGCUGAAGAAUGUCAUUAAAGAGUAUAAAGACCACUUCCCUGGGAUCUUCAUGAAAGCCUGUGAAUGCAUGGAGAUGGUCUUUGGCAUUGAGGUGAAGAAAGUGGAUCCCAUCAGCCGCUCUUAUGUGCUCACCAAAAUGCUAGACCUCACCUAUGAUGGAAGGCUAAGUGAUGACGAGGGCAUACCUAAGACUGGCCUCCUGAUUCUUAUCCUGGGUGUGAUCUUCAUGGAGGGCAACCGUGCCCCUGAGGAGAAGAUCUGGAAGGUGCUGAAUAUGAUUGGGGUGUAUGCUGAGGGGAAGGAUUUCAUCUAUGGGGAGUGUAGGAAGCUCAUCACCAAAGAUCUGGUGCAGGAAAAAUACCUGGAGUACCGGCAAGUGCCCAACAGUGAUCCUCCAAGCUACGAAUUCCUGUGGGGCCCAAGGGCUCAUGCUGAAACCAGCAAGAAAAAAGUCCUGGAAUUUUUCUCCAAGGUCAGUGGGAGUGAAGCCACUGCCUUCACAUCCUUGUAUAAGGAAGCUUUGAGAGAUGAAGAAGAGAGAGCUCAGGCUAAAAUUGCCAACAAGGCCAAGUUCAGCAGCUUCUGCCCUGAGUAAAGUCUAGGAGGGAUUCUUUAUUCUGUUUGAAGGGAGUAGCCAAGUUUUUAAGUAGUGGAAGGCUGAUUGCAGAUUUUAUUGUUAUUUUUUUCUUUUUGGUAUUUUUCAAAUGUUUAUCUUAAAAAGUUUACUAGCUUCAGAAUCUAGAUUCAUGAAUGACAUUGGGCACACAUUUAUUGCUGUGUAUAAGGCUUAAGAAUAAGAGUUUUGCUAUUAAGUAAAACAAAUUGGGGAAACUUCCAUAUUAUUUUGUAAUCUGGAACAAGAUAACGUAGCGUUGGAGUUAAAAUUUCCUUAGAAAUGUGAAAGAGCCCAGUAAUAAAACCAGUGAGAUUAAUAAUUACAGGAACAACAUAAGAGAUGAUUAAUCCUAGGAUUUCUGUAUCUCCUUUAGUCUGUUGUUUUGUA